GCGCUGUUACUAAAAACAACAACUAACAAACUAUUUAAUCGACUUUUACAUUUAUACUACGUAUCCGAACGUGUUUUAUCAUUCACCGUUGUCAAAAAACUCGUAUUGUGAUUGUCGAGCUGUCAACUGCCACACUGAAAUGUACUGUAAUGUUUUGAAAAAUAUCCACACCUCGUCUCAAAACAAAUUCAAAAUUCUGUAAAAUCUCUUGUAAAUAAAGAAGUACACAAUGAAUUUUGGUGGAACGUUAAGAGUAAAUAAAUUUGCGUGUUUCACGUUAGGUUUUAUAUUGUUUUUAAUAAUUUAUUGGCGAAGUGGGAAUGCUGGUUUUCCUUUGGAGAAAAGUGAUCUUAUUAACUUAAAAAGCUUAUUAAAGGCGUCAAUCCAAGCCGCUGAGAUGGGUGGGAAGAAGGUUUUAGACGGAAAUAGUCACGAACUGAAUAUUAAAAGUAAAGGUAAAACGUUGGAAGGUGUAAAUGACCCGGUGACCGAUGCAGACUAUGCCUCACAUUGCGCAAUGUACUACAGCUUAAAGAACACGUUUGAGAAGUUGACGGUGGUGUCUGAGGAGCAUUCAAAGAGUGGUUCAGGAUGUGAAAACCAGCAAAUGUUAGAUGUAGACAAAGCAUUGCCAGGAAACAGUAUAAUAGAGUAUUUGAAUGAUGAAUUAGUUUAUAUGAAGGAUGUUACAGUAUGGAUUGACCCCUUGGAUGCGACGAAAGAAUAUACAGGUAAACAUUACAACUUUAUCAUCUAUUCCUGUAAUAUAAAACACAAAUAAAUGCAUGAUUAAUAA